UCUCUCCACUUCUACGCCAUACACACAUACCCCCACAUAGAUAGAUACAUACAUACAUACAUUCCGAACACGUCGCUGAUGGCCAUUCCAGAACACUGCCCUCAUGGAUCGACAGUCAGUGGGCGAGGGAGUCCGUCAAGCGACGAGGUCGCUUUUUGCCUCUCCCUCAUUUGUUCUGGCGUGUGUCUGCUGUGCGGUCGGCCCUUUCCUCUCUCCCUCUGCUGUCCUCAUGUAAUGUGCUGUGCUGUACAUGGGCAGUUCUCUGUCCGCAUGUCUGGACAAGGGUGAGUGAUCAAUUGCAUAAGCGACUCUGACCGAAUAUGGUGCAAGUCAUUUUUGGUGUCUCAUCUGAAUGGAAUUCGACGCAGCCAUACUCACAUGAACUCACACAUCGUCACUUCCACGUAACCACCGCCUUGGCGCGUGCGGUGCUGGGGCCAGGAGUGGCGCCAUUCGUACUCGACGAACGGGUAGAAGACCAGCAGCAGGAUGGCGACAGUUCUGAUGGCACGGACAGAGCGAAGGAGGGGGGCACACACACGUGAAUGAGUGUAUGGUACACACGAACAGAGACACAGACGCGCAUCUCCAUUAUGUGGCUUAUGUAUGGGUCAGAUUCCACCACUGCUGGCAACGGUGAUGGGGAAGAUGUGAUGUGGAUGACGGGGUAAUGUGACAUUUAUCGGUGGAUCAUGCUCAGGCGUACGUGCGUGCCACCUGUGAUUUGUUUGGCUAUGGCAGGGAGACAUGAGGAUCUCAUUUUUGGUUGGUCGAUACAUACAUUCAUUUAUUCGCACAUGCGUACAUACAUAGAAAAGCCAGAGACAGAUGGCUACGCUGAUUUCUCUUCGGGAGUAUGUGCGUGUGAAGUGAAUAUGUUGGACACUGGUGUUAUGCAGUGAACAUGUAAAG